AUGCGGACUGUAACCUCAGACAGCGCCCGGGAGGAAACGGUGACCGUAAGGAGAAGCGAGUCCGCGGACGCUGAAGAGAUAGACGGCCUCAUUAGUCCCUCUGCGCAGGCGGUGUUUGGAAGAGUCAAUGUUAUUCAUCUGCUAGAGAAAGCUAACCUGGCUGUGACUCUGACCAAUGAAAAGGGCGACAUCCUAGGCCACGCUUCCUUCUUUGAUCACCCUAUUGGAGAUCUGGUGGAUCAGACGCAGUGGGAAGCUUUCCUGCAGGAACACUUCAGUGUUGGACAAUGCACACCUUUCAACACACUUUUCCUCCACCUUUUCGUGGCACGGACGAAUUUCACCACAGCAAGUGUGAAAGAGAUAAUGAGGGCCAUCUUUAACGCCGUUACUGAGCUUGAAUACGUGUGUCUGCUCAGCCCACACGUUGGUUGUUUAGAGCCAGCGCUGGAUGAAAUAUUUGAGCCGUUGGAGCGUGUGACCGACCCCGGGCCUCAGUGCUUGGCAUUGAUCUGCCACAGAAAAGCUCACUGUCCCCGGCCUCUUGUCCGUGCAGCCAGGGUUGAGGAUCACAAUGACAUUAUACCUCUGUUAGAUGAGCAGACAAACCUGCUGUCUAUCAGUCACCAGCCGUUCUUCCUCGCAGCGCUCAUUGAGGCCGAGGACGAGGAGCAUCACACCGCUGUUUGCGAGAUUAAUGGAGUCACCGUUGGCUUCAUCUGUGCCAGUGCUGAUGUCAACCUGAAGUGGCUCAUUGGCAGAUUCGAGCUGAGUGAGUUUGACGGUUUGAUCAGAGAGCAGAAAACAAAACUUCAUAAGGUUCCUGCUCAGUCUGAUGAAGAUGAACAUAGGCGGGCUGCAGAGCAGCAGGAGGAGGCUCAGCCAGCUUCAGAAAAAUCCAACACCUUCUGUAUUCAGAUCUUUGUUAUUAACAAGAAUUAUGAACUGAGAUCAGCGGACUUUAUUCCUUUUCUGUUCCAGGUUUUCCCCGACCAGAAGUUCUGCGUUAUCACAGUUCUAAAUCUGUCCACUGAGUUCCCCCUGUUGCAGAACUUUAUCAGGGUGCCGUCAAUUCCCACCAGCUUGUCGCAACAUGAGCUCUAUAUCUUUCACCGCGAUGGAGUCAGGUCUUUGAGCGUGAGGCCGGCCGUGGCUGUGGACCGCUCUGCUGUCUCUGCUCUGGUGAAGGAUCUGAGUCUGAAUGAGUCUUUGCUGCAGGACCUGGACCGCUACUACGAGGCCGGCUGUGACCGGGAUGCCGUUCCACUGCAGGCCUUCGUCACCCAGGCAGAAGCAGAGUUAGUUGGGAUAGUAAUCAUCAAGGACGAGCAGGACAUCGAGUACAUCCGUGCUCACUACAACAUCGAGAGCUUCAUCUACUUCAGCCACCAUGGCUACGAUGAGCACGCUCAGAUACUCCACUUCGUCCUCAAAACCACCGUCCAACACUUCUCCAAGAACUUCUUUAAGGAGGUUCUCCGGCAGGCUCGCAAAUCCUGCCUGUACCUCCGAACCUACCCCCCCUACCACAGCCAGAAGAAUUCCUGCGUCCACCAUCUGCAUUAUGUCCUCAACUGCGCCGUCCCCGUCUGCCCACGACGCCAGAUCAUCUACCCGCUGGAGGAGCUUGGCAUCAACGCCCCGUCUAGGCGGCUCACAGAGCACCAGGCGCCGUUUGCUCUCAGCCUCGUCAGCAGAAAGUUGACCAUGGAGCCAAAGGUCACCAUUAAUACCCGGAUUGUGCUGGUGGGAUCUUCGGACACAGGUUUAGCUUUCCUCGAGGUGCUUUGUUCCUGCCCUCACCUGAGGUUCAACAGCCUGACCCUCAUUUCAACACACGGUUUCCCCGGCGACUACAACCACGAGGACGCUGGAUUUCUGUCCACAAGUCAUGCCUACAGCAGCAGAGACUUGGCCCAGAUCCCAGUGCGUUCCUUCAUCAGUGUGGUGACGGGGAAGUUGGUGGGCAUCAGAAGGAAGUCCAAAUACGUCCUCUUGUCCAGUGGGGAGAAGGUGCCCUACGACCACCUCAUCCUCUGUACUGGCCUGCAGUAUCGGGUACCGUGUCCCACUGGUGUAGAUGUGAGCCAGCCUGUCACAAACAGCCAGCUGCACUCCACUCACAGCAGAUACACUGGGCCCGUGCCCUCCAACCUCUUCACCCUCAACGACCUCCACGACUGCAUGGCUGCUCGCCGCUGGCUCUGUGCCAACUUUUUGGAGCUGGAGGAUAAUGCCAUCGUCUACGGAAACAACAUCGACAUCUACACCACCGUAGAGACUCUGCUGAGCCUCGGCAUUCGUGGAUCUCGUAUCCAUCUUGUCCUCUUGCCUCCUGAGCCAGGCGUCUCCAGCUUCUUGGACUCAUCUGUAGAAAAAGCCGUGGCGAUGGCCAUGGAGAACGCCAUGGUCCAGAUCCACCGUAACUGUGUGCUGGCCCAGUUUAACAAUGGCAAACAACCCGACCCUCUCACAUCGGCAUCGUUCACCACUGAUGCAGAGCCUCUCCAUCUGCAGUGUGGAGUGUUCAUCAACCUCUCCAAUAAAGGAGUCGACUACGACGCCUUCAACAGCUUCAACAAGUCCUUCCUGGUAUUUGAUGGCAGGCUUGUCAUAAACUCCAGCUUCAGAACCACCGAUUCGUCCAUUUGGGCUGCCGGGCCUCUCACCAAAUUCUCCCGCCGUUACUACAUAGAUGAGUGGACACAUGCCAACUUUAACUCCAAGGAAUUGGGCCAGGACCUGGCAGCCAUGAUGCUGCCCCUGUUUGAUCCAACCGUGGAGCCUGCCGAGGCGCCUCCACCUGAAACAGAUCGUCCAGUACUGCUGUACAAGCAGGCCAAGAUUCAAGGUGGUAAGCUUCCUGGAGGAUAUCACUACCUGCAUGUGACCAAACCAUCUCCAACAGACCUGACAGGCCCUCAUGUUAAACAGGACAGAGCGAUUGUGACGGGACAGCCGGAGAGAGGCGACUACUUCUGCUUGCAUCUUGACUGCUAUGAGCUUGUGGAGACGCUCACCUGCUUGUCCCUGAAGCCUCUCCCCGUCUCCAAUUACCUGAGUCUCUACAUGAAACAUCAGCAGCUGCUGGGCCAGCUGCUGAGCUGCUACCAGCAGGGCCUGAUCCCUGAUCUGUACAGUUUCUUCACACAGAGCAGCUGUUUGGCUGUUUUCCACGACAGAUUCUCUGAUUUUGAGCAGGAGCUUCAGCAGACCCUCAAACUCAAGGACCUCCGCCCUCCGGACCAAUUGAAAGACGAGAAGAGUCGAGCGGCUCUGAGGAGCUGUGCUGUGAAGUAUCUGAGUUACAACCGAAACCUGCUGCCCAUGUUCGCCUGCCCAGGCCAGCUCUGACCUCACGCCCGUUAAAAUACUAAAACAAAUCAGACUCUGUUUGAGGUGUGGUAACUGGUUUAUAUUGUGUAUGUGUCACUGGAUACCUCCAAUCAUUUGAGCUGGCUCAGGAACGCUGUGGAGACACUGUGUCUGCUAUGUGUAAAUAUAUUAUUAUAUCAGAUCUUUAGAG